AUGUGUGAGAGUGAAAAGAAUUCAAUUGAACUAAACCAACAAGAUUUAUCAACAACAACCUCAUCAACUUUAUCAUCUCAUAUUACUACUACUGAUAAUGAUAAUGAUGAUGAUGAUGACGUUUUGGAAUUCACAGUAUCAAACUACGAAAAACAACAAGAAAAGACUGGCUCGCAAUCAAGACGAAGCUCUGUUUCUAAGAAAUCAUUAGAAGUUAUUAGAAAACACAUCACAGGAGAAUCAAACUAUAAAUCUACUGAGAAUCAUGACUACUCUAUCCACCACAUCUAUGGAGAUUUACCUCAAGAAGAAAUUCAAAUUCAGCGUACCCAGACAAGAAACACUAUUUUAUCUAAAUUAGAAAGUAGAAUAGAAAAUGAAUGUGACAAUCUUGAUCUUAGUACAACCAUUCAAGAUAUAGAUGUUCCUAUUACUCAACAUGGAGAAGAAUUUAAUAAAAUCGAUCCAGAAUUAAUCACUUGGAAUGGUUCUAAUGAUCCAGAAGAUCCACGUAACUGGCCUUUUAAAACAAAAAUGAUUCUUCUUGGGUUUGUAUCGUUAUACGCAUUUGUUGCUCCCAUGUCUUCUUCAAUGUUAUCUCCAGCAAUGACAUUUAUUGCAGAAGAUUUUCAUAUCACAUCACCAAUUCUCAAAUCCAUGGUGGUAUCUAUUCAAAUCUUAGCAUGGGCAUUUGGUCCAUUAAUAAUUGCCCCAUUAUCAGAACAUGAUUAUAUUGGACGUAAAUUAAUUCUUGAUAUUUCCUGUUGGAUGUCAUUUUUUUUUAAUCUUGGAUGCGCCUUUUCACAAACCACUGCUCAAAUGAUGGUAUGUCGAUUCAUUGGUGGAUUAUUUGGAUGUGUACCUAUGAAUGUUUGUGCUGGUGUUAUAUCUGAUAUGUUUGAUGCAAAAUCAAGAAAUGCAGCAUUGGCUUCAUAUUCAUUGGUUCCACUUUUAGGACCAGUUAUUGCUCCUUUGAUUUCUGGUUUUAUUGUUGAUCAUAAACAAUGGAGAUGGACAUUCUAUGUCUUGUCAAUAUUUAAUGGGUUUGUUGCCGUUAGUGCAACAAUUUUCUUUAAAGAAACUUAUUCACCAACUUUACUUAAAAGAAAAGCGAACAAACUUAGAAAAGAAACAGGUAACAACAAUUUACACACAAUUUAUGAGAUUGCUGAUGGGGAAAGUAAAUUAGGCAAGAUUUGGCUUUGUAUGGUUAGACCGGUUAAAUUAUUAUUUACCCAUCCAAUGAUUGUCGGAUUAGGUUCAUUCAUGGCUUUCACUUAUGGAUUUAUGUAUCUUAUGAUUGUUACAUUUCCAGAAAUUUUUGGAGAACAGUAUGGAUACAGCAAAAGUACAACUGGAUUAAUGUAUAUUCCAAUGGGUGUUGGUUUCAUAUUGGGGGUUUUAUUUUGGACUUAUCUUGUUGGUAAAGUUUAUCGCCAUUUAACUGCCAAGAACAAUGGUGUUGCUAAACCUGAAUUCAGAUUACCAUGUUUAAUUGCAUCCUCGAUAUUUAUCCCAGUUGGUUUGAUUUGGUUUGGAUGGUCAGCAGAACGUAAACUUCAUUGGAUAAUGCCAGGAAUUGGAAGUGCCAUAUUUGCCAUGGGGUUGGUCUGCGUUUUUCAAACCAUUCAAAAUUACUUGAUUGAUAUGAAUGUAAGAUAUGCAGCCAGUUCAGUUGCCGCUGCUGCUUUAUUCAGAUCAUUAUUUGGGUUCACUUUCCCACUUUUUGCUAAUAAAAUGUAUCAUGCAUUAGGAUAUGGCUGGGCCAAUACUAUGUGUGCAUUCAUUGGGAUUUUACUUGGUGUUCCAUUCCCAAUUUUCUGUUAUUUAUAUGGGGAAAAGAUCAGACAAUGGGCUGACAGAAGAAUAGAAUCCAAACAAAUCAGACGUGAUCAAAAGAACUUGGAAAAGUUGAAAAGAAAGAAUGCCACUGAUAUUGUAUAA